UUGUUCGCACAGACAGAAAAGAAACGCAUAGAGCGAGAGAGACAAGAGAAGAAGAAGAAGAAGGAAACGGGAGAAACUAAAGAGAAGGAGAAGGAAAUGGAUGAGAAACCGAAGUCUGCAAUGGAGGCGUUCGAGAAGCUGGAGAAAGUGGGCGAGGGGACGUACGGGAAGGUGUAUCGAGCAAGAGAGAAAGCCACGGGAAAAAUUGUGGCACUGAAGAAAACUCGUCUCCAUGAAGACGAAGAAGGCGUACCCCCCACCACGCUUCGAGAGGUUUCUCUGCUUCGAAUGCUCUCGAGAGAUCCUCAUAUUGUCAAAUUGAUGGAUGUCAAACAAGGACAAAAUAAGGAAGGCAAGACAGUUCUCUACUUGGUGUUCGAAUACAUGGAUACCGAUCUGAAGAAGUAUAUCCGCAGCUUUCGCCAAACUGGUGAUAAAAUUCCGAGUCAGAUUGUCAAGAGUUUAAUGUAUCAGCUUUGCAAAGGCGUUGCUUUCUGCCAUGGCCACGGUGUUCUUCACAGGGAUCUUAAGCCUCAUAAUCUCUUGAUGGAUCGCAAGACAAUGAUGCUUAAAAUAGCUGAUCUUGGACUUGCCAGAGCAUUCACCGUGCCAAUCAAAAAGUAUACCCAUGAGAUAUUAACCCUUUGGUACCGAGCACCUGAGGUGCUUUUGGGUGCUACGCAUUACGCCCCUGCAGUUGACAUAUGGUCUGUGGCGUGCAUAUUUGCUGAAUUGGUGACCAACCAAGCCCUGUUCCCUGGGGACUCGGAGCUGCAGCAACUUCUGCACAUUUUCAGACUGUUGGGAACUCCGAAUGACGAAGUUUGGCCAGGAGUUAGCAAGUUAGUUAAUUGGCAUGAGUACCCACAGUGGAGCCCGAGGCCUCUGUCCUCGGCCGUUCCAGGGCUGGAUGAAGACGGGCUGAAUCUUUUAUCCGAAAUGUUGCAGUAUGAACCUGCGAAAAGAAUUUCGGCAAAGAAAGCCAUGGAGCAUCCCUACUUCGAUGAUCUCGACAAGACUUAUCUCUGAAAUUAUCAUCACCCCUUAGGACUCCAACAGGGAAUUGGAUGGAAAUUAGCUUUGCUUGCUUGCUUGCUUUUCUCGAGCAUAUUUGAUCCCCUGUUUUUGUUAUUGACAUUAUCUUCUACUAAUGAUGGCCAAGUGAUCGUGUGUGUGUAGGAUAUAUAGGAAAUCUAUUAUGGUUUCCUUGGAUUGUUUACAUUUUUAACAAUCGAAUCUAUUAGGCUUUGUUAUGAUAUAUGAUAAUCAUCGUUUACUGCUGUUC